UAUCUUUAUAUCUCUUAUAUUACAAAUAUUGCUAGUUGCUUCAACCGUUGCAUGAGUCUAGGAAACCAUUCCCACUGAUCCAGGACUAUGCUUUCUUUCUGUUCCUGGAAUUUAGCUUGUUUAUAUUAAUUGUUUUCGAGCUUCGUGAAUUCCGGAUUUUCUUUGUCUUAUUUUUUGGUUCGUUUAAUGAAAUCAGACCUUAAUCCGUGGGAGUUCAAAGCACUAAAUUUCGAUAUGCGUUCUUGUAACCUGUUCUGUCUGACUGUCAGUUUUAUAUAAUUUAUAUAUACAGACUCCAUAACCAAGUUUGUUGCAAAGGAGGACAUGGGCUUGUUUCUUUGCUAAUUGGAGAGGUUUUGAGGUUUAUAUGAAAGGGAAAACCAAAAUUUUCAAAAAUUUGAUAGGAGAAAAGCCUAAGUAGCCAGCACAGGGGAAGGGAUUAUUGCUAGUAAAGAAGGGAUUUUCAGUUGAUCAAAACAUUUGAAACUUCUGUCUGAGAUCCAAAAGUAAGAAUGGAAAGUGGUUUUCAAUCAGCUUGGAGGAGUAGCUAUUUGCGUGGGCUAGAAAAUGUGGAGGAAGACCAAGAGCUGAAAGUAGUAGCAUCGUUGCCCGUGAUUCCUCAACCACAAACACCGCGAGAGCCUAUGGAAUUCUUGUCAAGGUCAUGGAGUCUUUCGGCUUCUGAAGUUUCGAAGGCUCUUGCUGAAAAGCAGAAACAGUUUUUCCCAGACAAUAAUCAGAUCAAUUUCCCAGAAUCAGCUGCUGUACCAGAAUUACCAGCCAAGCUAAUAAAUUCCAUUGUAGCACGGAGGACGGGUUCAUUUGGAAAAUGGUUCCACCACAAAGAGUCCAGUAUCAGCUUAGUGAAGAAGAAAGAUAGGGCACGCUUAGAAAGUGCACAUAUGCAUUCUACUCUCUCAGUUGCUGGACUAGCUGCAGCCUUGGCUGCUGUGGCUGCAGCAGAGAACUCCAGUGAAUCAGGAAAAAAGAUGAGCAUGGCUUUGGCAUCUGCUACAGAACUUUUAGCAUCACACUGCAUUGAAUUAGCUGAAUUAGCUGGAGCUGGUCAUGAUUGCGUGGCUUCUGUUGUAAGAUCCGCAGUGGAGGUUCAAACUCCAGGCGAUCUAAUGACUCUUACAGCUGCAGCUGCAACAGCUUUGCGAGGAGAAGCAGCCCUGAAAGCAAGAUUGCCAAAAGAAGCAAAGAAGAAUGCAUCUAUAAGUCCCUAUGACAGAGGUAUGAUAGGGACUGACUGGAGUGCUGGUUUUCAUAGUAGAAUGGUGGAACAGAGUCCCCCUUUUGUUGGGGAGUUAUUGCAAGUAACACAAAAAGGAGUUCUACGAUGGAAGCAUGUUUCUGUUUACAUCAACAAGAAAUCUCAGGUCAUAAUUAAGCUCAAAAGCAAACAUGUUGGAGGAGCAUUCUCCAAGAAGAAUAAAUGUGUUGUUUAUGGAGUUUGUGAUGAGACUGCUGCAUGGCCAUACAGAAAAGAAAGGGAAAUUUCUGAUGAGGUCUAUUUUGGCCUCAAAACCGGACAAGGUCUUCUAGAGUUCAAGUGCAAGAACAAGAACCAUAAACAGACUUGGGUUGAUGAAAUUCAGAAUCUUCUUCGUCGAGUUAGUUGCAUUGAAGCAACUGAACACUCUCUAGAAGUCUUAAGUAUUAAUAGUAUAUGACAUGUUUUUGUGUAUAUAUAGUGCAAGAGUAGGACAGAUACCUUUAUUAAUGCCGUACUCCUAGUUCAUGAGAGAUGAAAUUGAAGUCACAGAUUAUAUAGGAACAUGCAAUGUACUGCUCUUAUGUUUGGUUCAAAACAAUAAUCAUGAAAGUCAAAUUUUAGCUGAGAGUUUUGAGAGCA